AUGAACCGGCACCACCACGAUGUCCACCAGAAUCCCUCCACUUCCACCCUCAGCAGUCCAAGCAGCAGCAGUAACAGCAACAAUAACAGCACAAAGGCGAAGCUCCUGCUGUCCAAAAUCAACAAGCUCGUACGGCCGUCGGAAAACAACAACAACGGUAUCUUCGGCCUCAGGUCGCCCAGGAGCACGACGACGACGACUCCCACGUCGGGCAGCACGGUGACAGAUCUGUUCAGGGUCGUGCAUGAACCCGACAGGAUGCCGCUGUACUCACCGCCGAUGCCUAUGAACCCACGCACGGAGCGUGAGUGCGAGGAGGCGCUUAAAGAGAUGUUUGCGCAGGCGAGGGUGGGGAAGAUGGCGGAGAGGCAGGGGUCGAGCCAGGAGGAGCAGGCGAGGACGAUGAGUCUGACUAUCCCUGAUUCGAGGUAUGAUGAGUUUGUCGGCCGUCAAGAAUCUCGAAGCGAUCCACCACAAGACCGUGGAGGUGCUUCCAUGAGCAAGAACCACCGACGACUGCCGUUCAUUGUUGUUCCCCAAGACGGCAUGGCCACCUCCUCUCACUCCGAACAACCAAGCGUACAGACCCCUCCUGUUUACAGAAGACCAGAAGUGGUGCGGCUGGAGUCCAUCCCAGGCAGUCCCAUGACGCCCGUGACCGCCGUCUUCACGCCGACAAUGACAACGACGCCCUUAGCUGUCGGGCUUUCUCAGCGCCCCAUGACGCCCAGCACACCACGGUCGACCGACAGCCGCGGCGUGCAGAGUGUCAUCAGCGGGGAAUCGGCACGAGCCCCACGUCUUCUGUCGCAGAGGGCGCUGAUAGCGCUGGACCCUAAGGACAGAGGCAAGCAGGGUACGAACAUGCACAGCACGCUGAGUCCACUGUCGUGGUCGCCUGUUUCGAUGGAAGCUCCAACCAGCAGGCCGCCAGGGUGGAAGAAUACCGCUGUGGCGGAGGAGUUGUUAAAGACGCCGCCUCGGCCGCGGCAGGAUGAUGCCGAUGCGUGGGCUACGAAGACGAGGAGUAGCGUAACGGCCGACGAUUGGGCGAGUACCGACAGUGACGACGAUGUAGCCGGAACAUCGACUCUGUUGCUGAGAGAGAUUGGCCAGGCUCACAAGACGAAGAGUGUCGAAAACACAACCGCUCAGGCGCCGAGAACGCCACCGAACAAGAGAUGUCUGAUGUGCCCAGAGCCCUGUAGGCCAAAUGCCAGACUGUGCGACAAAUGUCGGGAGGAAUAUGAGCAAAGGGACUCCGACAUGGAGGACUCAGACUCAGCUUAUGAAGACAUCGUAGUCAGAACGCCGAGUCUCUCCCCGCCGACCAUUUCACCACGGAAGGCCAAGCGCUUUGCCAUGAACAACAACACCCCGACGAGGUUGUCUCCGCACGAUCCUGUCAUGUCCUUUCCUCGAACCAUCUCAUGGCUAAAGGCACCUCCCUUCCCGAGAGACAGCUCGACCCCGCAGACGCCCGUCCAGGGACCAUAUAGAUUCAGCUCGCGGUCGCUCAGCAUCUCACCCACGCCAUACAUCGCACAACAGCUCGAGGUGUUCCCGUCACCACCCCUACGCAGGGUGUCCAUCUCGUCGCCGGCUUCGCAGGUCGAGGCGUCCGAGUCUGCUCUGUACCAUCUUGGCCGGCGUAUGCUCAGCGAUGGGGGCAACGAGGUCAUUCGUGUUGGCAGGGUGCGUUCUGGCGAGGGGCAGAUGGUCCUCUGUCCGAAUGAUGACGAUGAUGAAAAUGGCGACACGAUGAAGAUGUUGGCCGACGAGGGUGAGGGGUCCGAGAAGCGGGCUGGGUGGAGGAAGCACGAGGCUGGCGGAAGCUAUGGAGAUUGGUUCAGCUAUUAUGCCGAGAAGGAGGGGAAGGGCGUUGCCAGCCUUGAACAAAGGACGUCGAUGGGCUCGAGUGUCUAUGACCGAAUUGUAUCGAUAUAUGACUUGUACGCCGAGUUGUCUGAGGAGUACGAUCAUGUCGACAUGUUUUGA